AUGCAUCACGUCCCCGAAUUGGAGGACAUCAUAGCUAUGAUCGACUUUGGCACCCUCAUGCUGCUCUUCAGUAUGAUGGUUAAUGUCCACCUGUUGGCCCUCACUGGAUUCUUUCAGUACAUCGCGGCACGGAUGGUCAUACUGGCGAGAGGCCGUGUGACGCUCCUCUUUUUUCUCCUCACAAUGUCUACUGGGAUCCUGUCAGCCUUCCUCGAUAAUGUAACGACAGUCAUGCUGGUGGGCCCUGUUACCAUAUCCCUGUGCAAAGAGAUUAAGAGGAGCCCUGUGCCAUUUUACUUCUCGGAGAGUAUAUUGGCUGUAAUCGGUGGUACCGCAACGUUGAUAGGAGAUCCAGCUAAUGUGAUCAUCGGGUCCAAGCUUGAUGUCUCCUUCACCGACUUCAUCGUGGUAGUCCUAGAUGAGGAGAGGAUAAAAAGGGAGAAUAUCAUACACGACAAGGUGAAUCGUUACUUGGUCACGACCCUCCUGGAGGGUGUCGAAUGGGAUACCCUCAUCUUCUUUGCCAGCCUCUUUGUCCUCGUAGAGGCCGUCAACGAGCUUGGCCUCAUACGUGCCCUCGGAGAUCUCAUUACCAACAUUAUCACAUCCAUUCCGUUGCCCCAUCGGCUCUGGGUCUCCCAACUACUCAUCCUAUGGAUCUCUGCAAUCGGCAGUGCUUUCCUCGAGAAUCUACCAUACACCACUACAGUGGCGUACAUCCUCAUCAAUCUCCGUGGGAAAGCCGACCUGGGCAUCCCAGUCACUUCCCUUUCUUAUGCCCUCUCCGUCGGUGCCUGUAUCGGCGGGAUUGGUUCCAUAAUGGGGAGCAGUGCGAAUCUGGUCUGUGUAGCGAUCUCUCAGAGGUACUCCACCGCCCCAGACGAUGCCGUUGGCCAGUCGGAUGAUGAGCCCAAGUUGGAGGCAGCAGAUGACGAUCGUCCAGCGUACACGUCUACUGGGGGUGUAGACGUUAAUGAAGUCCACCAAAUGGAGGUCAACCGAGCGCUAUUUGGCCCAGAUGAGGUGACGAAAUCGGCAGCCAACGAAAGCCAAGAAGUUGUCCAUGAGCCAGUGAAGAGGCAUCCAAUAGCCCAGUAUAACAACGUGGAAGCGAACAUAUAUCAAGUUAUUGUCUUCGAGGCUAUGUCGGCUUAG